AUGACGGUUGUACUAUUUUGUCGGUUGUACCCUUCUGUCGGUUGUAUCCUUUUGUCGCUAGUACACAUUUGUCGGCUGUGUCAUUUUGUCGCUUGUACUCUUUUGUCGGCUGUACCCUUUUGUCGUUUGUACUCUUUUGUCGGUUGUACCCUUUUGUCGGGUGUCCCUUUUGUCGGUUGUACCCUUUUGUCGAUUGUACCCUUUUGUCGGGUGUCCCUUUUGUCGGUUGUACCCUUUUGUCAGUUCUACCCCUUCUGCCAUUGUAUUCCUCAUUAUGUAGGAAGGUUGAAAAAUAAAAUCCCAUGGGGCUUUAUUACAGAGAAUACGGUAAUAUCCAUUCUUCUCACUCCUCAACUAAUUCCCCUCACAUUCAGUGGAAAUAUUUACGUCCAAGGGCAAUUUGGUUUGACUGAAUGCCGAAGAGAAUUUUAUAACAACGACGCCCCUCAAGCAGGAAUUGAAGUUCGCCUAAAUGAUUGUGGAAUGAUUAGAGAGAGACGCCCUCAUGGAAUGAGCUAUUCUAUUGUUUUAAUUGUUAAUUUUCAUCCUCGAUUUGUGACGAGAGUUGAUAGGGCUUUCAAAAUUUUGUGUUCUUAUCAACACACUGAAAGACCGGUUGGAACUGAUCUCGAAGUUGGCACCGUUCCAACCGAACCUUUACUUUCUGACGCUAUAUUGGUCCCAGAUUGUGAAUAUUCUAUGCGUCUUGGUGAUCCAAACGGACCUAUAGCAACAAAUACUGUUAGAGUUGGAGAGCUUAUAUUCCAUCGUUGGGAGUGUCAAGAUAGCCGUAAAUAAAUUCUUUAUUAAAUUUUGAGGGAGGAUUAAAAUCAGGGCUGUGCGCCAUUAUUUUGGCGUUCCGUUUUGGCGUUGUUUUUGGCAAAUUUUGGCGUUAUGAUGUUUGGCGGAUUUUAAGAAUUUGAAAAUUUGGCAUUUGAGAGAUUUGUCGUUUGAAAUUGAAAAAUUGGCGUUUUCAAAAUUUUGGCGCACAGCCCUGAUUCCUUCUACUAA